AUGAAUACACCUGUUGCUCUGCCCCCCAAUCGGCUCCUGAAACCCUUCCUAAGCAUGGAGUUGCCAAUUUACGAUUACUGUUGGGAUACGAACGCGCUCAAACCUGGCAAGAGUUAUCGAAUGCCCUUCAAGUUCAUCGUCCCUGAGGAACUUCCCAUCCAUGCUUGUCAACACCAAUGCGCCAAUCACCAAAUCCAACAAGAACAUCUGCAGCUACCUGCGAGUCUCAGCUACCGUGGCACACAAUACCACGGAAUUCACGACAUGUCACCCGAAAUGGCGGAAGUAGUCUACAGUAUCAACUUUGCACUGUGGCAGCGAAAUGGCAAGGCAGGGAGGUCAAAGAAAAUCCAAGAAGCAACACAUCCCGUGCACAUCCUCCCAACACGAAAUGAGCAUCCCCCACUUCUUGUCCCAAGAAAGAAUAAUUAUUAUCGACAGCGAGCAGAAAAGUUGUUAUCCACUGGGUUACUGCGACAUCCACGAGGCAAACUCGCUGCCUACUCUACUCAACCACCGGUUAUCCAGUUGCAAAGUCUCCAGCCAAGGAAUACAGACGCGUCAACUUCCGUAAAGAUUGAUCUUCGGUUUGACCCUUCUCACUUGGUUCAAUUGCCACCAAGUCUUCUUGCUGUCGAAUUUCAGUUGCGGGCAAUGACUUUCUUUGGGGUUGAGCCAUGGCAGGAUUAUCCAGAUCUGAGUGAUAUUUCUACAUGGGGUUCUCGACGAGAAUUCUGGUCUGAAUAUGUGGUAUUAACACUGAACAACGAAAUCAAAUUGGACUGGAAGGCUGAAGAAGAAGGGGAUCACACGAUCUUCACGGGAUCGAUCAAGGCUUGCGUUUCACUGCCUACCCAUCGGCGCUAUCCACCAACUUUCCAUUCCUGUUUAGUGUCUCGGGUUUAUGCCCUGAAGGCGACGGUGUUCUAUCGAUUACAUGGACAGGGUCGGGGGAGAUCAUCCAUAUCUGUUUCUGUUCCACUCGAGAUUUGUGCAACAUGA